AUGCCCACCGUCCUCCAGACAGCUGGCGACAUGGUCGACAACCUCGGGAACAAGAUCCAUUACACCACGCGAAGAGUCGGUGACCAGAUCGAGACCACCACCAAUCAGGUCCUGCCACCCAAGCAGCGCGAGCACAUGCUUGAGAGAGCCCGGGACUACGCCUACCAGAACCCCAAAGUAGCCCACUUGAAGACUCCUAUGGAUGACACCUUCCAGGCCUUCCUGACCACCCAAACCGCAUUGACUGGUCUCCCGCUGGCCCUCUUCCUCGCCUUCGCCACAACCACCCUCCUCGUCUCCCUAUCAACCUGCCUCUUCCUCGGCCUCCUUGUCUCAAUCGCCAUCACCUUCUUCCUCGUCGGCUUCGCGCUCCUCUUCGUCGUCCCCACCGUCAUCAUCGCCAGCUGCUCAGCGACCUUCAUCUUCAUCUGGGGCUUCGUGGGCUACAUCAUCCUACGCAGGUUCAAUGAGGGUGAGGAGCUUCAGCGUGGCACUCCCGUUGGCGAUAAGUUGUACAAGUUAACAGGCGGUAGAUCGGGAUAUCUACAAAGCGAUCAGACAUCUUCGGAGAGCAGCAGUGACCGAAGGAGGUUGGAUAGUGGAAAUGCUGCGAACGGCGCUAAUGGCGGUGCUGGGCACGCACAUGGUGGUGUAUCGUCGCACAAGGGCGUUGGCGGGCCUGUGAAUGGCGUGAAUGGUACACAGGGCGCUGUUGAGUGGGAGAGGAAGUGGGCGGAUGGCGGGCAGCCGAAGCCUGUGGUUCUGGAAACCAAGAAUGUCUUUGAGGUGUUGAAAGCGGAGGCUCCAGUCUCCUAG